UCCACAAGGCACGGGGUCGGGGUUGGCACACAAUGAACUUUGGUAGGAUUAAUCCGAGUUUCAGAGCAUAACUGAAGGGACAAGUGCGCUGUGUCGCAGAGAGGGAGCUGUAAAGCUAAGGCUGGACAGGGAGGACACAUUAAGGUCGUUUUAUUCCUAUUGUGCGUAAAAAUCAAGCCUGCAUUUGAGCCAACGUUACAAAGGACAGUUGUUUUGACAGUCGGGACCUCGUUUUUGUUCAUCCACCACCUGAAGACAACACCAUCCUGCAGAAAACUUCCUGUCCAUCACCCCGUGGGACGUUUUUCUACCUUUUUAAAGUGUCAUUGUAUCUCAUUUAUUAGACUUUACGUCGUAUAAAUGCCAUAGCGUGUUUCCUCGUGAAUAUAUGUUGUGGUAAAUUUUCCCUUUUUUCUUAAUCAGCUUUACCUGGAAACCCUGUUUUCGACUAGAAGCAGCAUUUUGACUAAUCAUCACUGUUUUUUGUUUUAUUUAUUUGUUAUGUAUUUGGAGUGUAGCCUAAGCCUAAAUCACAUCCAUGUAGCCCCUCCUCCUCCUCCUUCUGCUGCUGACGAAGAGCCACAACACCAGAGAGCUGCGAGUCAGUCUGACACCUAACACAGAGGAAGACAGAGGAUCUCCAGAGAAUACACGAGCACAAGAAGGGAUCAAGUCAAGAAUACAAGGAUAAAAACUCACAAUUUCUAAGACUUUUUCAAAAGAAGUAAAGGGAUUGGACCAGUGAUCUCGCCUCUGUGGGAUUUUCUCCUUGUGUUUGUGAGUAAAGACUAUAAACUAAACAGGUCUUUCUUCCCUGUAAAGUGGAUCCUUCCUUAAUCUGGAGAACACUUUCCCUUUAAGUAGCCAACUAUAGCACCAUGGAAGCUUUAAGUUGUACACAGUCAAGUCCAGUUCAGGUUUUAGAAAUGUAUGUGACUGAGUUGUUAGUGGAUUGAACAGUUAAUGUCAGAGUGAUAACAAUGGUUGAACCGGUGGGGUUUGUAGCAGCGUGGAAAGCCCAGUUCCCAGAGUCUGACCCCCCUUGCAUGGAGCUGAGCUCAAAGGGGAAUAUCGAACAGGAGCUGGACAAAUGCAAGGCGUCUGUCAGGCACUUGGAGAAGGAAGUAAACAAGGAGCGCUUUCGGAUGAUCUACCUGCAGACUCUGCUCGCAAAGGAGAGGAAGUCUUACGACGGGCAGCGAUGGGGAUUUAAAAGCGCGCCACAUAUGAAUGAUGGAGACCUGCCCUGUGGUCCAGACAACCAGGGGCCCCAUACAGAGGAGGCACCAGUGGAGGAGCAGCCAAGGGGGCCCAGCAAGACAACUAGGUGUAAACCACAUCCAGAAGGAGAUGUGGACGGUGCGUCCCCGGCCAAACAGAUAGGUGUGGUGUCACCAGUUCACCAGGACUCAGAGAUCCCUGAUAUCCCACUGGGCACGGGCUCUGUGGCGGCUCUGAGGUCCAACUUUGAGCGCAUCAGGAGGGUCAACUCUCACACGGCCGGAGACGGCAGAGGGCUGUCGGUCGUGGGCGGCCAGGAGAAACCCUUCUAUGUGAACAUGGAGUACCAUUCGGAGAGAGGGCUGGUGAAAGUCAACGACAGGGAGGUGUCGGACAAGAUCAGCACCCUGGGCAGUCAGGCCAUGCAGAUGGAGCGCAAGAGGUCCCUGCACUCCGUCCCGGUGAACCUGUCAGCCGCCAUGGGGGACAUCAGCAAGGCGUACCAGAGAGGCAGGUCCAGCGAGGGGAACUGCAGCUUGAACGGGUCGUACGAUGACCCCGAGGUCGGCCCUCACUUCCUGAAGGAAGCUGCGAUCCGUUCCACUGGGGAGUCUGAGCGGCAGUCAGCAGAGUGCCAGCCGUACACCAGUGUGUAUGUUGGGGGGAUGAUGGCAGAGGGGGACACCCGGGUCAUCCACAUUAGGGACCACAGCAUCGAGGAGGAUGCCCACCUCACCUGGCCGAGGCGCUCCUACUCCCCCGGCAGCUUCGAUGACGUAGGAGGAGGCUACACACCGGACUGCAGCUCCAACGAGAACUUAACAUCCAGCGAGGAGGACUUCUCCUCGGGCCAGUCCAGCCACGUGUCCCCGAGUCCCACCACCUAUCAGAUGUACAGGGAGAAGAGCCGCUCGCCCUCCCAGCAGUCCUUCGACAGCAGCAGCCCGCCCACGCCCCUGUCUCAGAAACGCCUGAAGCAGCAGGUGACGGUGUCCGAGGCCUCCAUCAUAGGGGUCCGUAGGACGGGCCAGAUCUGGCCCAGCGAUGGGGAGUCCACCACGUCGAGCAGGACCUCUCAUGACAGUGUUCAAGGAGAUCUGGAGGCUCCCUACAAUGAGACCCCUCCGUCAUAUGGCUACGAUCUGGAGCACUCGGAGGAGCACCAGCCUCGACACGACCCUCUGUCCUUCACCGGAUCCCCGUCCACCUCGCCACGGCUCCGCUCCAAGAGUCGGAGCAGCCGAGACACCCAGUCCUCCGGCUCUCUGGAGUCAACGCUGUCGGUGGAGUUGGAUCAGGAGAAGGGGCUGGAGAUGAGAAAGUGGGUUCUGUCAGGAAUCCUGGCCAGUGAGGAGAUGUAUCUCAGCCACCUGGAGGCCCUGCUGAUACCCAUGAAGCCUCUGAGGGCUGCAGCCACAACAUCCCAACCGAUGCUGACCAUCCAGCAGACAGAGACCAUCUUCUUCAAAGUGCCAGAGCUUCAUGAGAUCCACAAGGACUUCUAUGACGCUCUGCUGCCCCGAGUCCAGGACUGGGACCACCAGCAGUGUGUGGGCGACCUCUUCCAGAAACUGGCAAGCCAGCUUGGAGUAUACCGGGCCUUUGUGGAUAACUACAAGGUUGCUGUGGAAACGGCGGACAAAUGCUGCCAGGCAAAUGCUCAGUUUGCAGAGAUAUCUGAGAAUCUCAAGGUCAAAAGCACAAAGGACUGCAAAGACCAGUCGGCUAAAAAUUCACUGGAGACUCUUCUCUACAAACCCGUGGACAGAGUGACGCGCAGCACACUCGUUCUGCAUGACCUCCUGAAGCACACGCCCUCCAGCCACCCGGACUAUCCGCUGCUACAGGACGCCCUGCGCAUCUCUCAGAACUUCCUGUCCAGUAUAAAUGAAGAGAUCACCCCACGCAGACAGUCCAUGACAGUUAAGAAGGGAGAGAACCGUCAGCUGCUGAGGGAUUGCUUCAUGGUGGAGCUGGUCGAAGGUUCCAGGAAACUCCGUCACGUCUUCCUCUUCACCGACCUGCUGCUCUGCACCAAGCUGAAGAAACAGGCCGCAGGAAAAGGGCAACAGUAUGACUGUAAGUGGUACAUCCCACUGGCGGACCUGACUUUCCAGACCAUUGAGGAUUGUGAGUCCACCCCCAUCCCACUGGUCCAGGAUGAGGAGAUCGACGCCUUGAAGAUCAAAAUCUCCCAGAUCAAGAACGACAUCCAAAGAGAGAAGAGAACCACCAAAGGACCAAAGGCCAUCGAGCGACUGAGGAAGAAGCUUUCAGAGCAGGAGUCUCUGCUGCUUCUCAUGUCGCCCAACAUGGCGUUCAGAGUGGCCAACCGAAACGGAAAGGGUUUCACGUUUCUCAUCUCUUCUGACUAUGAACGUGCCGAGUGGAGGGAGAUCGUUCGUGAGCAGCAGAAGAAGUGCUUUAAAAGCUCCUCUCUGACCUCUCUGGAGCUGCAGAUGCUAACUAACUCAUGUGUGAAACUGCAGACUGUUCACACGAUUCCAAUGACCAUGAAUAAGGAAGAUGAUGAAUCUCCUGGUUUGUACGGCUUCCUAAAUGUCAUCGUCCACUCUGCGUCAGGGCUGAAACACAGCUUAAACCUUUACUGCUCUCUGGAGGUGGAUUCCUUCGGCUACUUUGUCAACAAAGCCAAAACACGCGUGUACAGAGACUCUACAGAGCCCAACUGGAACGAGGAGUUUGAGAUUGAACUGGAGGGCUCUCAAACGUUGAGGCUGCUCUGCUAUGAGAAGUGCUGCAACAAAACCAGGCAGAGCAAAGAGGAUGGAGAGAUCACAGACAAGAUCAUGGCCAAAGGACAAAUAAAGCUGGAUCCUCAGACAUUGCAAAAUAAAGACUGGCAGAGGGGAGUCAUCACCAUGAAUGGGAUUGAGGUGAAGCUUUCGAUGAAGUUCACCAGCAGAGAGUUCAGUUUAAAGAGGAUGCCUUCACGGAAACAGUCCGGCGUCUUUGGAGUGAAGAUCAACGUAGUAACUAAACGAGAACGCUCCAAGGUCCCCCUCAUUGUGAGACAGUGUGUGGAGGAGAUUGAGCGACGAGGGAUGGACGAGGUUGGAAUCUACAGAGUGUCUGGAGUCGCAACUGACAUCCAGGCGUUGAAGGCUGCAUUCGAUUCCAACAACAGAGACGUGUCGGUCAUGAUGAGGGAGAUGGACGUAAACGCCAUCGCUGGAACACUGAAGCUGUAUUUCCGUGAGCUCCCGGAGCCUCUUUUCACUGAUGACUUGUACCCCAACUUUGCUGGAGGCAUCGCUCUGUCUGACUGUGUGGCCAAGGAGAGCUGCAUGCUCAACCUGCUGCUGUCUCUACCAGAGGCCAACCUGGUGACCUUCCUCUUCGUGCUCGACCACCUUAAAAGGGUGGCUGAAAACGAGUGCAUCAACAAGAUGUCUCUGCACAAUCUGGCCACCGUUUUCGGCCCCACUUUGCUGCGGCCCUCCGAAAAAGACAGCAAAAUCUCAAACAGCUCACAGCCGAUCUCCAUGAACGACAGCUGGUCUCUAGAGGUCAUGUCUCAGGUUCAAGUCCUUCUCUACUUCCUUCAGCUGGAGGGCAUUCCUACCCCCGACAGCAAACGUCAAAGCCUUCUCUUCUCCACUGAAGUAUAACAGGAACAUCAUGCACUUGUCUGAAAAAUGUUCGGAUUCAGAGGCAGAAUGUCUGCUGCUCAAUGAGCUGGACGCUGCUGAGCAGCCAUGGCUGACUGGUUUACUGAGGAUGCUUAUUUUAGCCACUAGGUGGAACCAUCAACACACAUUGUAAACUAGAAAACAGCCACCACGACCAAAGCCAUGUCUUUUGGAGAUGUGAUGACAGAGAGCGUGAGCGUUCUGUUUGCUUAUAAGCUUGCCUGCUGUGUCAGUUAAAGACGACCCUACAUGAUGUAUGUACAAAAUAUAUCAUUCCUUUUUUAAUUUAAUUUAAAUUUCAAGAGGCGUUAUUUACUGUACUUGGAUAUUUGUCCACUGCCCUGUUCUGUCACUGUGCACAUGAGCUCCAUAUUCACAGAGAGGGAUUUCUGCUGUAGUAAGAUAUACUGUAAGAUUUAUCUCCGUGGAUGAAUGGUCGGAUGACUGGACAUAUAUUUUCAUGUCUAUACAUAAUGUUUUUUUUCCCAGAAAUGUUUUUGAGUUGUUUGAAAGCUCACCUGUGCCAAUGUUUCCCUGCUGAUGGCCAACAGAACAUUUCAUUUACCCAUAUGUUUACACACACUCUUAAUUUUGUACAGAAUCUUUAAAAAUUUGAGACUGAAAAACUGUAGUUCACACACAGCAACAUGCAGGCAUGUUGAUCAAACCAUUUAAGGUGCGGCAGUAUCUGUGCUAUACUAUUUGUAUAGUGACCUUAUUCAGUCCACAGGAUCUCCCUGCGGUGCCCAAACCAACUUUUUAUGUAGAUAUGUGUGAUUUAUUUUGGACGUGGUACAGAGAAGUAAAAGGCAAAUCAUUCCAGGCAAAAGGCGCGGCCUGAUCUAUGGAAUGUAUACUGUGCUGUGUGUCAUUUUUAAUUUUACAGUUGUCUUUUGUCCAUAUUUCAUAUGUUUUGUGUCCACGUUGUUUUCUGAUUUGAUUUAUUCUGUUGAUUUAUAUGUGUUGCUUCCUGCAUUCCUUCACUGUAGUCUACCUAUAUAGGACCAAACCACACUGCUGUAGAAAUGAGAGCACCUGGAGAUAAUCUCAAACACUAAAUGUUCCCAGCGAUUCACUCAUAUCCACGUCUCCUGGCUUAUUAAUAGGUUUAUCAUCCACAUAACUGGUAUAACUUACUGAAAAUACACUGUGUUCUUGCAUUAUUCUUUUCCAAAUCACUGCAAGUAUUCAAACACUUGUUAGCACAAACUGUAACCCUAAAGGCUUGUGAUUUAUGUAAAAUAAGCAAUAACUAUUAGAGGUUCUUAAGGAUGAGACUAGCGGGUCUUGUGUGUAUGAUUGAUGUAAAUAAAAAAACUUG